AUGUUUUUAACCAUACUGCAUGUUUUUAAAAUUAAUUCUUUUGCUUGCGCCAAUGUUGUUAAUAUGAGAUCAAUGCGGGCUACAUGUUCAUCUAAAGUUUUUGAAAAUAUAAUUAUAUCAUCCAGAAAUGAAUCUAAUAGUGUUUUUGUGAAAUUUGAAACGGAUAUUAAACAUAAAUGGGGAACGCCCCAUUAUGAUGCUGAAUGUGUGUCACGUUAUCCCGUUGGUGCACCUGAAGAAUUAGAUGAAUGGGUGUUGACUACGGAUGAUAGUAUGAAGGUGGAUACACCUGAGUUAACAAAAUUAAACCAAACACAAGAUAACGUUUCAAACAUCCAUGGAGUUUACACAGAACUGGGAUCACCGUCAUCUUCACGACGUCUUGUGCAUCAGCAAUAUGUAUUAACCAACGAUAUUGUUCACAAUGCCGUUCGGAGUCAAGGUAAAACAACAUUGCAUUUAGCAUAUUUACCAAAGUCUUUGAUCUCAACCGCUAUGAAAAAUUACCGGAAUCAUAUAACCGCAUCACACUUCGGCAUUUUGAGAACGGGGUAUGGGUUACGGGACAAAUACUACUGGCUGCAAAUGUUUAAUACAAUUGCAUCAUAUGUUAAAUCAUGUAAAAGUUGUCAACGAUUUAAACAUCGUCGUAUGAAACCAAGCGGUACAUUAGAAUCAAUACCACCCCCACUGUGCCAUUUGAAUUAG